UCGAGCUCGUCCUGAUAACAACACAGCAAGAAGAAGGAAGCAGCGACAUCACACCGUCACUAAACUGGUGUCCUUUACUCAGUGUUUUACCAACAAGCUCCCAGCACAGAAACAGUUUCAUCAAAUAUUUUUUAUUUAUUUUAUAUAUAGUUUACGCUUUGGAUCCAGCUGCUACCUUCGUUUUCGUUAACUGCCUACUGGUUGACUUUGACGCAACAUGCCUUCAGAAAAAACCUUCAAACAAAGAAGGACCUUCGAGCAGCGGGUGGAAGAUGUCAGACUGAUCCGAGAGCAGCACCCCAACAAGAUACCGGUGAUCAUUGAGCGGUAUAAAGGAGAAAAGCAGCUUCCCAUCCUGGACAAGACCAAGUUCCUGGUGCCGGACCACGUCAACAUGAGUGAACUCAUCAAGAUCAUCAGGAGGCGCCUCCAGCUGAACUCCAACCAGGCUUUCUUCCUGCUGGCCAACGGUCACAGCAUGGUGUCCGUGUCGGCUGCCAUCUCCGAGGUGUAUGAGCGGGAGCGGGACCAAGAUGGCUUCCUCUACAUGGUGUACGCCUCCCAGGAGACCUUCGGCUCUAACGUGACCGCCCAGUGAACGGCUCCCCUUCUUCUACCACCUGGCAGGCGAUUGAACAAUUGUAGUUUUUAGCCCUCCCCCCCUCUCUGUGUCUCUUGCCACAAACCUCUAGUCUUUACUGUAAGAACUAAAACACAUAGUGCUUAAUCUAAACGCGGCAUGCAGUCAUUUGCAGCUGGACUCGGUUCGGGUUGUGAUCCAUAGUGCGACCGCAGUGAGCGAGCUACUGUUUGUGUGCGGAUCAUAUCAUAUACUCCCCAAAUCACAGGAGUGCUGAUCUGCACAGUUUUGAGUAGAGAAAUCCCCCUAAAUGUGUGUGUCUCCGUUUCCUUUAACGUCCUCUCCGGUGGGUCACGUCCGCUGUCGUGGCAACGUACCGCCGGUCGUUUUUCCGCGUUGUAGCCGCGCGCGUCCUCGGCUGCAUUUAUGUUCAUGCGCAUACACAUUUCAGGUAGUGCAUAAAAGUGUCACGGCUCCACCACUUGUCUAUAUACACAUUGGCCCAUGAUCAAAGCCGAGGUAAAGCGCGAGGUUCACAACAGAAAGACGAGAGUUUGAGGGUCUUCGUGUUUUUAUUGGAGCUUUUUAUUGCAGUGCGGAGGCGACGCUUCUGAAGUUUUAGUUUGGAUCGUAGUAUUUUUGCCAGAGAUAAAUUCCAAAUGAAGUAGAGAAAAUCCCUUGUGUGUCCCGUCACAUUCUCUAUAUGGUCCUUUUAGCACCGUUUUUUAAUUAGUUUUUUUUAUCCCUUCCCGCCAUGUAUCUUCACUGUAACAGAACUGUGGGGGGGGGGAUUUGCUUUUGCUCUGGAAACGGAUGAUUGUAGUUUGCAACAAAACAAAAUGAAAAAAAGCCUUUGUGUACAGAUAUUAUAAACUUUACAGCUUUGAAUAUAACGGGGGUUCCAUAAGAGUGUAACCAAGUUGACUUUGGACACGCUACAGGAGCAGGGUCUGAUUGCAUGUGCGAAUGGAGGAUGACAAUAAGGGGUUUCUUUAAAUUCUGACGAGGGGAAGGGGGGUGGGGGGGGUUGUCAUUUCCUUUCCACUUUUAAGUCCUUUGUCACAAGUAUUUAUUAAGGUGAUGAAGAAAUGGAGGGAAGUCAGACAGACAGUGAAUCGGGCGCCGGUCGACGCGCGUCGUAUCUGGAGGUCCGUCCAUCUUGUGUUUCCCAGAGCCGCUGUUCACCAUCCAACCAGCGUCCGCCGGCCCUGUGGGGGCCGUUACAAGGGCUGCAGGAUAUAUUGUCCCCUUUAUAGAUGGGCCUCCGCACUGUGCUGUGCUUUUAUAUAUUGCGUUAUCUCAUCAUUUUUGGUUCCUUUUUAUGCAAUGUGCGUUUUAUUUCACUGUACAACGUGUCCCUUCUCUUCGCUGUCCGUGUGGUAUGUGACGUUUCCCCACCAGUGAAAGCCACUGUGUGCUCGUUACAGAGGGGUGGAGCGUUUGUUCCCGUGGUCUUUUCUGCCUGCUCCUCGGUUUCACACACACACACACGCAUAUCCACACACAGCAAAAUCACACAGCCUCUUCUUAGGUAUUUAUGUUGGUAUUUUGUAAACAAUAAAAGAAAAAAAAAAAGUUCA